GGCAGCAACGAUGAACGAACGUGAAUAAGUGACAGUUAGCCUUGCUUACGCACAGUAAGCUUUUUUCUUUUUUCACUACUGUGCGUUUUAUUAAGUGUACAAUUACAAUACAGUUACAAUAUAAUUACAAAUGUAUUUAUUAUUUCAUUUUACAAAACGUGGACAAGAAAAAUUCAUUUAUUCGAUUGGUGGUGGUUAUGUUAAUAGAAUGGUGACAAAGUUAAAUGCAAAUGAGAUUGCAUUGAGGUUUAUGUGUAAUCAACUAAGCAAGAGAAAAUAUGUAACUUGUUGUUGAAGAUAGAUAGGAAAGGAACUCAUUUUAAGAAUCAUCAAUCAGAGAAUUAAAAAUCAAAAUGAUGCAUUACGGGCCUUGGAUUCAUCAACAAGCAGCAAUCUUGGAUAACCAUCAGUAUUAUACUCCGUAUAUUCCUGUGAUGGCACAAUUUCAACAUCGUAAUCAUGAACAACAAGAUUUGGACGAAGAAGAAAGCGAACAAACUGGAGAUGAAACGCAUGAUACUAUGACUUCUGCUACGUCAGGAGAACGCAGUUCUAGCGCUGACCUUUUCAGAUUACAAUUUGCAGCAACGCAAUGGUCAAAGUUAGUUUCUAACGCGGAAGGAUUAUUCAAUAAACUUAUGACAAGUAAUAUCUUACCACAUACAGAACAAGAUCAAAUUGAACAAUGGCUUUGCAUGAAACAGGAAUACGAAGAGUGUAUUACUAAUGACGAUGUGGCUAGUUUACAUGGUUUUCCGGAAAAUACUAGAAAAUCUUUAGAGAGAAUUGAAGAGGUAACAGAAACUGAUGAGAAAACUGACGAAUCUAUAAAUAGAGGAGGAGAAUUGAAAAAUAAUUCUAAUAGUUCGUCAGUCACUGAUAGCGAUGUAUCAGAAGCCGAAGAUGAAGACGAUGAGGAUGAAGACGAGGACGAGGACGAGGAUGAGAACGAGAACGAGGACGAGGACGAGGACGAUCAUAGCGAUGAAAGUCAAAGCUCAGAAAGUCCCGACUUUUUAGAAAAACUCAACGAGUGUAUGAAUAAAUUGAAAAUAGAUACAGAUACUAUUGUUGAGUCAAAGAAAGAUGAUAUAUUUAGAAAAAGUAAUAUAGAAAUUCUUCCAACUAUGAUCAAAUCCAUUAAUGCUAAUAAUAAUUAUGUUCCAUUAGCGAAACCAAUUGCUACUAGAAAUCCAAAUUCUAGACGAAAUUCUAUGCUUCCUGGUUCAGAAAUGUGUAACGAAGUGUUAGCUUUUAAUGAUAACUUCAAACCAUAUCAUCAAAAUCAUAUGCUUAAUAAACAUACUAAAACAAAUCAAUUGACAGAUAGUAGUAAUAAUAUUUUGGACAAUUACACCUUACAAGUAACACUUGCUAAUGAAAAUAAUCAUCUUACUGUUCAGCAAAAUGAUGAUAAUUCUCCAGAUUUAUUAAUAGAUGCUCUUAAAACUAGUGAUGUUCCAGAACCGAUCAAAGAAUUAAAAUCAUUGACGUUAAAUAACGAAGCUAAGCAAACACAAGUGAGAAAAAUUCAAUCAGAUUUAGAUGGAGCUCAUAAACGUAUAGAGGAAUUGCAAACGACUAUAAAAAUCAAGGAACGUUUUAUUGCAGAUAUGGUGAAAAAUUCCGAUGCUAGAGCUAGCGCUAAAUAUAGAUUUCAAAGAAAAUGGAGUAAAUUAGAGGAAGAAUAUUACAAUACUAGAUCUCAAUUAGCUCAAGCAGAAAAUGCAUCUAUCUAUAAGGAUUCGGAAGAAAAGUCAGCCCAUAAAAAGGAAAUCGAAUUAUAUAAAAAUAUAGCGAUACAUUAUGAAAAAAGAUUAAUGGAUAUAGAAAUGAUCAAACAGAUAGCCGGUGAUUCGGCUAAGAAAGUUUUGGAGCUUGAAAGUUCAUUGAAUACAUCGAAAAAACAAAUGGAAAAAUUAAAAAAACAAUUGAAAAAGGAGGAAGAACGUAAAAGAGCAUUGGAAGAUGAAUUGGCGGAAGAUCAGAAAAAGAUUCGUGAAUUGGAAGAGAAAUAUAAUUUAACGGCAUCUAAAUUAAAAGAAAUCCAAUCGGAGAGCGAAGAUGAAAAGAAUAAUACUAAAUUGAAGACUGCUGCUGGUGGUGGUGGCGGUGGCGGUGGUUGUUCUGAGAAAAAGAAAAAUUUACAAGAUGUCAGCGCUAGAAUAUCUCAUCUUGAUCAUGUUUUGAAAGAAAAAUCAAUGGAUUUAGAGAGAACAGCGGAUACUGAUGAGAAGGAAGCGCUUCGUCAUGAAAUUCGAAAUUUAAGGCGUACGAGAGAUUGUCUGGUUGAUGAAAAAUGUGAUUUGGAUGAAAAAUUUCAAAAAGAAAAAACUUUAACUACAGUAGAGGAACGUCAAUUGUUAGAAUGUGGAGAAACUAUCGAAGCAAUAGACGCAAUGAUAGAGCAUAAAAAUGAAAUGAUCUGUGGACGAAAAGGUUUCGAUGAAAAUCAAUCUCAACGUGAAAAGGGAGAACGUAUGUUAAUGGAACGAUUGGCUAAACUUUCUGACGGUGAAAUGAGAACUCUGUUUUAUAAAUAUUUUCUUAAGGUGAUCGAUCUGAAAGAGAGUUCGAAAAAUUUGGAAGUCCAAACUGCUGAACUAGAAACUCACGUUGAGGUUCAGGAAUGGCGCAUACAAACAUUAACUAAUGCUUUAAAACAAACUAAAUUGGAAGCUGAAAGAAGAAUUGUAUUGAUGCAAAGAGAACACGAAGAAAAAUUACAUUUAAUGUUUAGGCAUAUUGCUGAGGAAACAAGUAGUUCGGGACAUGAGAGAUUAGAUAAUGAUACAGAAUUAACCAAAUAUAAAAGAGAAAAUCGAGCUUUGAGAAAACGAUUGGCAGAUGUUGAAGCUUUGAUUAAAGGCCCAACGGCACCACGUACAGCAAGUCCAGCCAAAAUUCCACAACAAGGAUUGAAACAAAUUUCUGCCGCUGGUCGUCCUAUAACCAAAGUAACUAGACAACGUAAUAAGCUCAUAAUACAAAAGACUACUGACUGUGAAAAGAGAAAACCGUGAGUCUUAUUUCAUUCACAUUUAUCUUCAUAUCAACAGUUCAAAUUCAAUCAUUUGCAUAUAUGCAAAUGCAAUGAUUAUUAUGUCCUUUUUAUGUAUGUCCAUUAAUACUUAAAUGUCAAAAUCAAGUAGUUCUUAUAUUAAGUCAAACUUGUUACAACAUGUUACCAUAGUUAUGCCAUAGUAUAAUAGACAAAUUAAUAAUGCAUGCAAUAAUAAUUCUUAUAACUUAUUGCAUAUGUAUAUUAUGUAUCAUCGUAUAUGUACAACAGUAGAAGAAACACUUAAAAUCAUUAUUUAUACAACACUAUAUGUAGUAUAAUCUUAACUAAAUCUAAUAAAAUAACUUGAAUUAAAGAAAACAUUUCACAUUUCAAAGUGACAGAAUCAAAUGAUAAAAUAAAAUAAAAUGAAAUGAAUGAAAUAUAUAUAUAUAUAAAUUGUGUGAAUAUAAAUAGACAAAUUUCACGUUACUGUGUGUGCCACACUGUAUUUUAACCAAUUUCUAUCUAUUUCAGUUAUUAUAAUUUAUUGUAAUCUUUGUAAAUAAACAAAAAUUCGUCUUAUAUA